CUUAUGGCUUGUUUUCUAAUUGCCAUGUAAAAAAAAUAAAAAUAAAAGUUUAAUUUCUUUUAAAUUUUUUACCUUUGUUGUUCAAGGUGUUUAAAAUUUGUGCUAUUUAAUGGUGGUGUAAUAAUAAAUAAUGUUUGAUAUAGAGGAGGAAAAGCUACCAAGUGCUUUAAAAGACGAAAACCGAUUAAAUGUGUUAUUCGCUCCCCUCCGAAAUAAAAGUGUAAAUCCUAAAGACUGGGCAGACAAAAUCUCGAGCUGGAAAAAUAUAAUUAACAUUUACUGUACAACAAAUGAUAUUUACACAAUUUCUUUAUCAAAUCUUAAUAGUAAAUUUAUUAGACAUGGUAGACCCCCAUCAUGCUUGAAAGAAGUAUUUGAUGAAAUGAUAAAGAAUCAUGAAAUUGAAACCAAGGAGGAUUUUAUUAAAAGAUCUGCUGUAUCUUGGAGUGGCUGGCUCACAGAUAUUGUUAUAAAGAGACCCUUAAGUUGGUCAUACAAUACGAUAAAAAGAAAUAUUUUUUUUACUUCAAAUAUUGAUACAGUAUAUGUGUAUUUAGAAGUAAUAGUAAAAAAAAGUGAAGAAUUAUUUUCAUCUAUACCUGUAAAAUGUAGAAAUAAACUGAUUGGUUUUAAAGAUCUGUUGGAUAUACUCAAUAAGGAUGUAUCUGCUGCUGAUAAUGUAAAAUUACUUUUACAUUAUUUAACUACUGAAAAGAAAAUUGCUGUAAAGACAGUGACAGGUACAAAUAUAAAUGAAUUUGAUUCAUUUGUGAUUAAAGUUGGAGAUGGACAUGCACCAGUUAGUAUAUCUGAUUUGGAUGUAGGUAUAUAUAAGCUUGAAGAAAAUGAAACUAUUUUAUCAAAAAAUAUUGAAGAUAUAGAAGAACGUAUUGAAGAGUGUAUUAAGGAAGCUAAGGCUCAUUUACAAAAGAAUCAUAGACAGAUGGCAAAGAAUUCGUUAAUGAAAAAGCAUGUAUUGGAAAAAAAGUUGGAAAAGAAAUCAGUUGCCCUACUUAACAUACAAAAUUGCUUGGAGCAAUUAAGAGGGACCCAUGAAAAUGUUACAAUAUGGAAUACAUAUAAAAGUACUUUAAAUGCAUUUAACACAACAUUCAAAGAUACUGGUCUAGUUGAAGAAGCAGUAGAUAACACUCUAUCUGAACUAGCAGAUGUUUUAGAUCAACAUGAAGAUAUACAAGCAGCUUUGGCUCGCUUACCUAAUACAGGUGAAGAUAAUUCUGAACUAGAACAAGAACUAGAAGAUUUAAUGAAAGCAGAUACUAGUGAUACAAAUACUAAUCAAGAUAUACCGCCAGACAAUAAUAGUGGUGAAAGUGAAGACCUGGAAACUCGAUUUAAGCAACUCUGCUUAGAUCUACCAGACGUGCCAGAUAGUAGUCCUAAUUUAUCUACUCAAGAAACUGCCUAAUAUUAAUAACUUUAGAAUUUACAAUUAUAAUUUAGCUGUUUAUUCAAAGGAUUGUUUUAUUAUAAGCUUCCUAAUUGAAAAAGAAAAAAUAACACUAAAUAUAAAAAUAUUAGGUUUUUAUCACAGAUAAAGAUUAUAAGAUAUAAAGAUAAUUUUUAUUUUAAGGGUCUAAUGUAAAAUUUUAAGAAUCUGUUUUGUUACCAAAAAAAAA